AUGGAUAAUGGAUACCCUCUUCUUCAUUCGUUUUCAAUCAUUGAAAUAAAAAAAGUUGUUGGUGAUGAAAAUAUUCCUCAAUAUAAUCCAGCAAAUACUAAUAAUUCAUUUCUACCAUCAAUACAAUUUGAUCUUGUUUGGAAUUGGAGAAUAAUGGAUGACAGUCAACGAUUUAUUGGUAAACGUGGAACGAAUUUAGAUUAA